AUUUGAAGUACAGAUUCAGUGGAUGUGUUACUCAUGUCAACAACAAUCAGGACAUCGAUUGUCACCCAUUUGUGUCAUUCAAAUGAUUUAAUGUCAAAACAGUGACGGUGGAAGCGAUGUCUUGGAGACCAACGUUUCGGAGUCGAGUGGAGACAGCGAUUGGGAUAACACUGCGAACGCCCGGACUCUUCAUAAUCGAGUACUGGUGGAGAUCUCAACACAACAGAUAUGUCCGUGAAGUACAAGACAACCACUUUUGGACCAAUUUUGUCACUAAUAUAGCGCUCAUUAAUGGGUUUCUUCUGCUAUUACUUCCGUUAUCAUUGAUUCGUUUGCUUUACACACACAUUGUUUGCGGCGCUUUACUAAUAACGGCUCACUUAUUAUCAUAUUAUUUGGUUCAUGUGAUCGAUGCCUAUAAUGGCGUUCCGCUCAUCGAAUCGCUGGCCGUAUCGUUGGUGCAGAUGAAUGCCAUCAAACAGAUCUCAUUACUGGUGGUUCACGUGGCCAUCGCUGUCGUUGUGUCAGUUCUACUACAGGGACCACAAAAGCCAUUACUUCCAGUGUUUGCCUGUUAUUCACUCCCCGUUUUCGCCCGCAUUUUUGACUUUCCCGCCGAAUCACUACAGGUGAUCCAUAAGUUUAGUUCAGCAGUGGUUGUCAUAAGUUUGCUUCGAUAUGUAUAUCAUUGGUUGCCUAAAGUGUUUAGUGAACUGAAGGACGCCUUCUCUAAUCUGUUGAGUGCGACCGAAACCCACGGAUUGCACGCACUUCUAGUCUGGCUGUGCAGUAAACUCUUCGUUCCGACCCAUUUCUUCCUCUUCUGGUCGAUUGCAUUCUUUAUGAAACUCUAUGAGACAACAGCUGACGAUAAAAACGAUUGGUAUGUCUCGGUGUUGAGCGCCGCCAGCGCUGUAUGCGUUAGUCCGGUGUCGUUGUUCUCGACAGCAGUGGCGGUCACUUACAUGUCAUACUUCUUGUUGUCUGCAAUGAAGUUCUAUUUGUGGGGCAAUUGUCGUCAAACACUUCCAAAUGCGCCGAACAUUCAACAGAUGCACAACGGAUGGGAAGAAGGGAUGACCACAUUCUUGUUGGCCAUCUUGACGGGCAUCACAGAUAUGAAACAACCGGCGCGUAUGGCUGUCCUCACUAUAAUCUUGUUUGUAGUUCUGUCCAGUCUUUUGCAGUCAAUGUUAGAGAUCGCCGAACCGGUGAUCCUAUCGUUGAGUGCAUAUCACGGCAAGAAUAUUGUGCAUCACAUCAAAGUGCUUGUGUUGUGUGCCUUUCUCUUCCUCUUUCCACUGCACGUCACUUACGUUUUGUCCCAAAUAUUUCCCAUUGACUUCUGGUUAGCAGUGGUAUUGUCGACAAGUGUCCUCACAUCGGCACAAGUGGCAGAUCUGGUGGUCGUUCACUGCAUCCUAUGGUACGACUCAUUACGCGCCGAACCGCUCGAGUCGUUGGACGAAGCGGUGUAUUACGUGCGCGCCUUCACUAAGAUUGUUGAGUUCUUUGUGGCCACGAGUGUUGUAGUGGUGGGCAUUUGGGAGGCCAUCACCGGUCAGUGGAGUUGGACCAACGCUUUCAUACUCUUAGUUCAUUGCUAUUUCAAUGUAUGGCAACGACUCAAUACCGGCGCUCGUAGUUAUAUCAGACGCAGAGAAGCCAACAAAAAGACCACUUGUUUGCCGUCAGCGACGACCAAUCAGCUGAAGGAACACAACGAUGUCUGCGCCAUAUGUUUCACUGACAUGAGUGCUCCCAACGCCUCUGUCAUCACUCAAUGUAAUCACUAUUUCCAUCGCAUAUGUCUCAGAAAGUGGCUGUGCUUUCAAGACAAGUGUCCUCUUUGUGGCACUUGUAUUAGUCCCAACCAAACACCACAACUUGCCGUCAAUUGAUUCCCACAUAUGUUAAGCAUAAUCAGCGGCAAUCACUUAAUGACACAACUAUUUGUUUCAAUAGUUUGUAUAACAGUCUAAUCCUCACAUUUAAAC